GUUUUUUCUAUAUUUUCAGGAGGGUGCUAGAGGUUGAGCGGUUCCACUGGGCUGCUAGAAGAGGAGUUGACGAAGAAUUACUCUUUAAUAAUAUGCCUGAUGACCUUCAAAGAGAUAUAAGACGACAUCUCUUCAAAUUUCUCAAUAAGGUAAGGAUAUUUACGCUGAUGGAUGAAUCAAUCUUAAAUGCCAUCCGUGAGAGGCUAAAACAUAUAACUUACAUAUCGAGUAGCGUGGUCUUUUCCGCUGGAGAUGUAAUUGAGAAAAUUGUAUUCAUAGUAAGAGGUGAGAUGGAGAGCAUUGGAAAAGACGGUUCAGUUAUAUCUUUGUCAGAGGGAGACGUUUUUGGUGAAGAACUUCUUUCUUGGUGCCUGGAACGAGCAGCUUCAAACACCGAUGGGACUAGGAUAUGGAUUAAACGAAAGGGAUUGUUAAGCUACAGAUCUGUUAGGUGUGUGACAAAUGUGGAUGUGUUUUCCCUCAGUGUAGCAGAUCUUGAUGACGUCACGAGAUUGUUCUCGAGAUUCCUAGGGAGUUGUAAAGUGCAAGGAGCCAUAAGGUACGAAUCUCCAUAUUGGAGGCUACGAGCUGCUAUGGAGAUUCAAGUGGCUUGGAGAUACAGAAGGAGACGGCUUAAAAGAUUGUACUGUUCAGUCUAGUCAUCGGUUUUAGAUUAUUGUCUUCAUUCUCGAUGGAUAUUUGAUGAUAUAUGCUUGGUGGUUGUCAUAUAACUAUAUGAGUUUUUUUUGGUUCACCUUCUAAAGACCUAAGGUGAAUAUAUAUGUUCACCAUUAAAGUAAUUAUCAGUAAGAAACUGCCAAGUAA